UGCAGCAGUGGCAAAUUGUUAAUAGGAGGGCCCCACAGCAGAAAUAUGCCAGUUUCAGGAAGUAAAACCAGCAACAGAGCUGCAGUGAGAGGCGGAGCAAAGAGGAGAGCUUCAACGUCAGGAAAUGAAACUUAACUUUGCUUUGUCAGAGCAGCAGCCGUCGAGACGAGUCUCUGUUUGUCUCUGAAAGGAAAUUCAGAAUCUGAGUUCAUCAGGUCUUUCUCAACAACCCAGCGGAGUCUCUGCCAAACACGGAUAUGGCUGCUGUGAACUAUCUGCGAUCUGAAGAUCAGUUCCUGUGCUCCAUCUGUCUGGAUGUGUUCACUGAUCCUGUCAGCACAUCAUGUGGACACAACUUCUGUAAAACCUGCAUCAAUGUGCACUGGGAUACUAAAGACCAGUGCCUGUGUCCAAUGUGUAAAAUGGUUUUCAACACAAGACCUGAGCUGCACGUCAACACUUUGUUCUCUGAGAUAGCUGCUCAGUUCAAGUCAGCUCAGCAGGAAGCCAGCAGCAGGAGCUCAGAGACACAAGCUGCCAAACCAGGAGAAGUUCCCUGUGACGUCUGCACUGGAACCAGACUGAAGGCCCUGAAGUCCUGCCUGGUGUGUCUGGUCUCCUACUGUGAGACUCACCUGGAGCCUCAUCUGACAGCUUCAGGCCUGAAAAGACAUCAGCUGAUCGACCCUGUGGAGAACCUGGAAGACAGGAUGUGUACGAAGCACGAUAAACCUCUGGAGCUGUUCUGUAAGACCGACCAGACGUGUGUCUGCAUGCUCUGCACUGUUUUAGACCACAAGAUGCACGAUGUUGUUCCAAUGAAGGAAGGAUAUGAAGGAAAGAAGGCCGAGCUGGGAAAGACAGAGGCUGAAAUUCAGCAGAUGAUCCAGCAGAGAGGACUGAAGAUUGAGGAGAUCAAACAGUCGGUUGGCCUCAGUGAGAAAGAGGCAGGCAGAGAGAAAGCAGAAGGUGUUCAGAUCUUCACUUCUCUGAAGGAGUCUGUUGAGAGAGGCCUGAAGGAGCUCAUCGACACCAUCGAAGAGAAGCAGAGAACAGCAGAGAAACAGGCUGAAGGCUUCAUCACAGAGCUGGAACAGGAAAUCUCUGAGCUGAUGAAGAGAAGGACUGAGGUGGAGCAGCUCUCACGCUCUGAAGACCACCUCCAUCUUCUCCAGAGUGUCCAGUCCCUGAACAUCCACCAUCCACCCACCAAGGACUGGACAGAGGUCAGCGUCUGUCCACCAUCAUAUGAGGGGACUGUGGUGAGAGCUGCGGCUCAGCUGGAGGAGAAACUCAGUAAAGAGAUCAAGAAGCUGCUUGAGCUGACGAGGGUCCAGCGGUUUGCAGUGGACGUGACUCUUGAUCCUGAUACAGCACAUCCGAAACUCAUCCUGUCUGUUGAUGGGAAACAAGUGUAUCAUGGUGACGUGUGGAAGGUUCUCCCAGACAAUCCAGAGAGAUUUUCUGUUAAAACUUAUGUUUUAACUAAGCAGAGUUUCUCUUCAGGCAGAUUUUACUUUGAGGUUCAGGUUAAAGACAAGACUGGCUGGAAGUUAGGAGUGGCCAGAGAGUCGAUCAAAAGAAAGAAAGACAUCAAACUAAGCCAUCAGAGGGGUUACUGGAGUUUAUGGUUGAAAAAUGGAAACGAGUACAGAGCUCUUGCUGGACCUUCAGUCCUUCUGUCUCUGAAGUCUCGGCCUCAGAAGGUGGGGGUUUAUGUGGAUUAUGAGGAGGGUCUGGUCUCUUUUUAUGAUGCAGAUGCUGCAGCUCUGAUCUACUCCUUUACUGGCUGCCACUUCACUAAGAAACUCUUUCCAUUCUUCCACCCAGGUAUGAAUGAUUGUGGUAAAAACUCUGCCCCUCUGAUCGUCUCUCCUGUCAGAGUAAACUAAUCACUUAUUUCAUGUAUUGUUUUAUUGGUAUUAAAGGGAAUAGAUGUAAAUAUUGAGUGGACAAACCACAGAGCUUACAUCUUAUUUUCUACAGAA